AUGAACUUAUUGCGCGCUAUCCUCGGCGUUUUACCCGACAAAGAGAGGCACCCGCCGCGAAAACCACGGGACGAGCGACGUGAAGGUGCAGACAUUCCGGCGCGCUCGUCCGUGGAUGUUCCUCCGCCGCCUCCGUCUGGCAAACGCCCGCCGCUCAUCAUCGAGUUGAUCGACGACGAUGAACCCGCGGGGAGAGGAACUGCGGGCGUCGAGAACGAAGACGGAGGUGAGCCCCAGUCGACGUCUCUGAAUGAUGACACUGACAUGGAGAUAAUGAGCGUCGCCACGGCGGCAGCGCUCGCGGCGGCAGCGUACGCGAAAGCGGCGACGGUUCACGGAGCAGGCGGUCUACCAGGGUGGAGUUCACCAGAGGCCGCGGAAGCGGCGCGCGUGUUACUGCAGCGAACUUUCGCAUCUCGCGCUUCUGGGGCAACGACAUCGAGCGGUUCCGAGUAUAGCGACUUCACGCGCGAGAUCCUAGCGAAGUGCCUGAGCGAGGCCGCGCCCUCCAUAGCGCACUGUCUCGCCCAAGAGCCGGAGCAGCGCUGGGCGGGUGAGUCCAGCGCUCGCGACAAACGCGCACCGGGACCUCCAACCCCGGAACUACCCGUGGACAUAUCGGCAACGUUGCAACCUGCUUCCGUGGAGACAUCCGUAAUCGCCGCCGUGCGUUUACAUUGGUUGUUGUCCACGGCGGGAUACCCUUGGGUCGGUCGCGUUGGCAGCGGCAAAGACGGCGGAGUUGGAGGAGUCGUGUCUCGCGUCGUGCCGUGCAUUCUGCGGGCCAUGGACCACAACAGUCCGGCGGUGAGGCGCGAAGGAUGCGCCGCGCUCGUGGCUCUCGUCGCCGCGGUCACCAGAACGGAGAUGCGAUGGCACGGCGCCGCGCUGCUCGACGCCGCGGCGAACACACUGGGUGGAUCUGGGACAGAAGUAUUCGGCGCUGCGGCAGCGGCGCACGUCCGCGCGACGAUCGCGGUGUCUUCAGACGACCCUCAUGAACCGAAACUCGCGAACGCGCUCGCGGUGAUGAUCGAUGCGGCAAACUCGCGGAGUCACGAACCUUUAGUCGCCGCGGCGUGGGUGAUCGAAGCUCCCGCGUUGAUAUCCGCCGCGAAGCUGUCCACGGCGCCGCAUCUUAACCGUUUGUUCCCGCCGUUGCUCUCGUGGCUGCACGCAAGAGACGACGACACCGCGCUCGGGGCGGCUUCGUGUUUAGAGCUCAUCUGCACGAUGACGUGGCCGCGAGUGCCCGCACACGCCGCGGAGCUUUGGAGCGACAUCGCGCGGGCGUACUCCGAGGCUGACGUGAGGGGAGACGAUGCGUUCGUCUUCAAAUUUCGCGCCGCGUUGACGCGAGUCGCGGACGUCGUUCAACUCGCCGCGGGGGAAAAUUUCGAGGCGGCGUGGAGGCGCGAUGGAGAUCCCGUGCCUCCCGCGCUCGAACCGCUUGUGGCGCACCUCGAAGGGCUCCCUGGACGAGUCGCUUCGACGGAAUGGUCGCGUCCUUCGAACUAGAUCUAGUAUCCGAUAUGAAUAGGCUAAACACACUAACUGCUAG